UAGGUGGGUCCUUGAAAACGUAGUCCAGCGCUGCAGUGCCUGGCCGAUCGUUUGACAGAGAAAAGGUGUCGGCAAAGACAACUCAAGUACAGAACAUAAUGGCCAUGUUGCUAAACACAAUGCGGAGCUGCUCUGUCAGCCGGUCCUGGGCAGUGCGGUUGGGGGCACGCUCUCUCAGUACGACGACCCAGCUUCACGCUCAGGUUCAGACAAAGAGCAAGAAGACACUGGCUCGGCCUGGUGUGAAGAACAUAGUUCUGGUGGAAGGAGUUCGAACCCCUUUCCUGUUGUCUGGGACCACAUAUGCUGACCUAAUGCCCCAUGACUUGGCCAGAGCAGCUCUGCAGGGUCUGCUGCAGAGGACGGGUUUACCCAAAGAUGCUGUAGACUACAUCAUCUAUGGAACAGUCAUCCAGGAGGUCAAAACCAGCAAUGUGGCAAGAGAGGCAGCACUGGGUGCAGGCUUCUCUGACAGGAUCCCAGCUCACACCGUCACCAUGGCCUGCAUCUCCUCCAACCAGGCAAUGACCACAGGUGCUGGUCUGAUUGCUGCAGGCCAGUGUGACUCCAUUGUUGCAGGAGGGGUGGAGUUCAUGUCUGAUGUUCCUAUCCGUCAUAGCCGUAAGAUGAGGAAGACCAUGCUGUCCCUCAACAAGGCGAAGACCCUCGGCCAGAGGCUGAGUCUGAUUGGCAGCAUCAGGAUGGCACAUCUCGCCCCAGAGCUUCCUGCUGUGGCGGAGUUCUCCACGGCUGAAACGAUGGGCCACAGUGCCGAUCGUCUGGCUGCUGCAUUCGGGGUCUCCAGAGUGGAGCAGGACGAGUUCGCUGUGCGAUCACACUCUCUGGCCAAAAAGGCCCAGGACGCCGGUCUGCUGCAGGAUGUCAUCUCCUUUAAAGUGCCAGGUCGUGAUAUUGUUUCCAAGGACAACGGCAUCCGCCCGUCCACCAUGGAGCAAAUGGGCAAACUAAAGGCCGCCUUCAUUAAACCUCACGGCACGGUCACCGCCGCCAACUCCUCCUUCCUGACUGACGGUGCCUCUGCUGUGCUUAUCAUGUCUGAAGAGAAAGCCUUGGCUAUGGGUUACAAGCCUAAAGCGUACCUCAGAGACUUUGUCUACGUGUCCCAGGACCCCAAAGAUCAGCUGCUUUUGGGGCCAACGUACGGUACACCAAAGGUCUUGGAACGAGCCGGCUUGACCAUGAAUGACAUUGACGUCUUCGAGUUCCACGAGGCUUUCGCAGGCCAGAUAAUGGCAAAUCUGAAGGCUAUGGAUUCAGAUUGGUUUGGCCAGACGUACUUGGGCAGGAAAUCAAAGGUGGGAGCUCCUCCCAUGGAGAAGUUCAACCUGUGGGGAGGCUCUCUGUCUUUGGGUCAUCCGUUCGGCGCCACAGGCUGCAGGCUGGUAACCACGGUGGCCCACCGGCUGCAGAAGGAGGGAGGACAGUACGGACUGGUGGCGGCUUGUGCUGCUGGAGGACAGGGUCAUGCCAUGGUGAUUGAGGCCUACCCCCAGUAAAAACACCACCUAAUCUUCAGGUUCAUCAUGACAGCUACACACACACACAAACACACUCGCAAACACACUCACACACACACACUAACAUCCAGACAACAGAGUGUACAUACAAGCGCCACUUUGCCUUCAUCAGAGAAAAGUCGGAUACAGUAUGCAAGUGUGUUGUAGGAAUCUUGUGUAAAUUCAACUUUGCUUAGAGGCUCUUAAAUUAUAGCAGAAUGUUGUCGUGAAAAGUUGCGUAUGAGUUUAUGGACUUUGAGGGUGCAUCAUAUCAGCGUUUUGUAGCUGAGUCGAAUGUAACAUAGCAAAGUUUAAGCACUCAGAAGAGAUACAGUAAUUCUAAUGUUUAUAUACGCUGUAAUAUUUUUUUUUUUUCUUACGAAAUGUUGGAAUUAAAGGGUGUGUUGAUAACAACACUGACACUCG